AUGGGAUGUGUUGGAUCGUGGCUGGCCAACGGGGGUGGUCAUCUCUCUCUCUUUCUCUCUCUCUCAGCGUCCCUCACCGUGCAUUCUAAUCGCUUGUUUUUUUCUCCGGAGAUUGGCAUGAUGACCUCCGCAUAGGCGGACUCUUUUUUUAGGUCUCUUUCUUCGCCGCAGGCUUUCAUUUGACGAGAUCAAGCGAUAUCUCCUCAGGGUUUCCCUUUUGUCGGAAUAUGAAGUUGCAUGAAUCGGCUCAAUUAUUCGCGAAUACUUGGGAAUCCGAUAGUUAAGCUUCCGUUAGUUUUUAAUUUCUGCUUCAUUCAUUUUUCUUUGUUCCCGAUUCAGGCACAGGCUGAUGUACAGAUAUAUUCCCUCGAAGAUAUGUAAAUGUUACUGUUGAGCCGGUACCCUAGCUUAAAUGUAACAAAGUUUAUUGUAUCAUUGUAUUUGAAUGAACAAUGGGCCAGUUUGAGGCAUUUGACCAUUUAAGACCCGGGAAAGGAAGCAUUCAAAAUUUCGCAUUACACUAGAAGUUGACAUUCUGAAACAUCUAAUAUGCAUUCAAGACAAGGUCAUGUGCAGCAUGUGGAGCGGUUCCUUUUGACCAUCGAGACCGAAGCUGCCCUCAGAUAUAAAAGAAGAAAAAUUCCAACCAGACGUGGACUUUUAUUUCUAGAAUAAGGCUGGUCCCUGGCCCGCUUUAGACUUGAUCAAGAUACAGAAUAGUAAGAUCAAAAUUCUUUCUCCUAAAUUUAUCAUUGGCUCAUCCCCUGUUUUUUCCCACCCUUAGAUCCCCCCGGGCAGUGUUUAAUUUAAACCAGAAAAGAUCACAGUAAAAUACUUGCAAUGUUUCUCACAGUUUACUCGGGUUACACAGUUUCCAUUCCUGUGAGCUGCGGUUUAUGAAGACGAAUUCGUUAUCUUUUUGUCUAUCUCAAGGUUUAUCACCUGCUUGUUGACUGAAUAAAUCUCCUCUGGAUUCUCGCCUCAAUUUUCCUUGUCACAGAGAAUUCAAAGAAGCUGAAGAAGCCAAAACCUUGGAGACACACCGAGCCCAUAACCAGGGAUCAGCUUGCACAGAUGCGUGAGGAAUUUUGGGACACACAGCCUCAUUAUGGUGGCCAGACAGGUUCCCCUUCUUCUGUUGACUUCUCAUCUUAGUUCCUCCGUAUCAUCGUGAUCUGGGUUUAUAAUCCUACGCGGCGAAUCUUCUUCGUGCGAGAUGGAAGCUUUAUUGAAUUCAAGUAUCGCAGCAAAUGGUUAUUUUCCCUAAUCGCUGCAUUGACACUCCGUGGAAACUCCAUUGAAGCUUCAAUGGAGUCCUUUCGUCAUCAUCGUCGUCAUAAUAAUGGCUCAUACAUUCUCCCUAAUCGACGCAGAGAUCUGGGACGCGCUCCGAGCCGCCACGGAAGCUUCCGAUCUGAUCCACGCCCAGCUCAUCGUGGAGUGCGCCGGCAUCAUCCUCUCCACCGCCGACAUGUCCACCUGCUACGACGAGAGAGGUACGUCAGAUGACAAAACGAAUUACCGUCAAUAACAAUGAUGCUCUUAAUGCUCCAUUUCUUUUUUCUUUUUUUUUUUUGCAAUAUUUAUCCACGGCAUCCGAGUCUGAGGGGUCCUCUCUCAAAAUAGGUACCAAAUAUGAACUUCCCCGUUAUGUUCUAAGCGAGCCCACCAAUUUGAUUCGCGGGAGCUGA